AUGGUGUGGUGGGUGGUGUGUGUGUGGUGUUUGUGGAGUGUGGUGGUGGUGGGGGGUGUGGGGUUGGGGGGGUGGGUGUUGUUGGUGUGGGGUGGGGGGGGGGGGGGGUGGGGUGUGGUGGUUGGGGGGGUGUUGGUGUUGUGGGGUGGGGUGUUGGGGGGGGGUGGUGGUUGUGGGGGUUUGGGUGGGGGGGGUGUGUGGGGGUGGGUUGGGGUGGGUUGUGUGGUGGUGUGGUGGGGGGGGGGGGGUGGGGGGUGGUGGGGGUGGGUGGGGGGGGGGUUGGUGGGGGGGGGUGUGGGUGGGGGGGGGGGUGGGGUUGUGGUGUGUUGGGGGGGUGGGGGGGGUGGGGGUGUGGAUGUGUGGUUGGUUGGGGGGGGGUGGUGUGUUUGGUGGGGGGUGUGUGGGUGGGGGGUGGGGGGUGUGUUGGUGUUGGUGGGGGUGGUUGGGGGGUGUGUUUUGGGUGGUUGUGGUUUGUUGGGGGUGUUUGUUUUUGUGUGUUGGGGGUGUGGGUGUGGGGGGGGUUGUGUGGUGGGGGUGUGGGGGUGGGGGGGGGUGUUUGGUAGGUGGUGUUGGGGUUGGGGGGGUGGGGGGGGGUUUGGGUGGGUGUGUGGGGGGUUGUGGGGGGUUGGGUUGUGGGGUUUUUGUGGUUGUGGGGUUGUGUUGUGGGGGUGGUGGGUGGGGGGGGUGGGGUGGGGGGGGGGGGGUGGGGUGGGGGGGUGUUGGGUGGGUGGUGGUUGUGGGGUGGUGGGGGGGUUGGUGUAUUUGUUUUUGGUUGGGGGGUGGUGUGGUGGUUGGGGGUGGGGAGUGGGUGGGUGUAGUGGGGGUUUGGGUGGUGUUGUAUUGGAGAAUUGGGUGAGAGGGGGGAUAUUAUGGGGGGGGGGGGGGGGUUGGGUGGGGUGGUGUGAUGGUUGUGAGGUGUGGGGGUUUGUAGGAGGGGAAGGAGGGGGGAUUGAGAGGGUUGAGGGGGUGGGGAAUGGGGUUUUGUGGGUUUUGGUGGGGUUGUGGUGUGGUGGGGGGGGUUGGGGGUGGUUUUUGGGUUUGGAUGUUUUUAGGUUGGUGGGGGGGUGGUGGGGGGGGGGGGGUUGGGGGUUAUGGGGAGGGGAGGAUGUUAUGGGGUGUUGUUUGUAUUUUUUGUAUUGGGGUUUUGGAGUAGGGUGUGUAUUGGAGAUGGGAAAUGGGUUUUGGAAUGGGUUUUAUGUGGAGUGUUUUGUGUGUGGUUUGGGUUUGGAAGGGGGAGUUUGUUUAGGUAAUGUGGUUGUUAAGGGGGAGAGGGUUUAUUGGGGGGGGGGUAGUAAUUAUGUAGGAGAGGGGGUUGUGGUUGGGGUGAGGUGGGUUUGUUGGGGGUUGAGUGGUGUAGUGGGGGUAUGGGGUGGUUGGUGGGGGGGGGUUGUAUAUUAUGGGGGAUGUUAUUUAGAGAUGGGGUGGUUGUGGGGGUGGGUGGAAGUAUUAUUUGGUGGGUGGGGGGUGUGGGGGGGGGUUGGGGGUGAGUUUGGGUGUUGGUGGGGGGGGGGGGUGGUGUGGGGAAGGGGGGGUGGGUGGUGGGUGUGUUGGGGUGGGGGUUUGUGGGGGGAGGUGGAGUAUGGGGAUUUUGGGUGGUAUGUUUAUGUGGGUUUGGGUGGUGUGAAGGGUGGGUGUGGUUGGGUGUUGGGUGAUAAAGUGGUGGGUUGGGGGGGUGGGGGGUUAGGGAUAUGGUGUGGGGGGUUAUGGUUGGUGGUGUUUGGUUUGGGGAUGUGGGGUGAUGUUUUUAGGGGGGUUAGGAUGGGGAUGGUGGGGGGGGGGUGUAGGGUGGGGAAGGAGGAGGGGGAAAGGAGUAAGUUAGAAAUAAUUGAAGGAGGGGUGGGUUUGUUUGGUGUGGGGGUGAUGUGGGUUUUGGGUAUUGAAUUGGUUGUUGGUGGGGGUGGGAAUUUUGGUUGGUGGGUGUGUGUGGGAAGGUGGGGUGGUGGUGGGUGGUGGGUGUAG